AUGAAGAGCCUGGGUGAGUUCCCUGGUGGCGAGAGCGGAGGAGAAAACAACAGCCAGCAGCAAGAUCAUCAAUCGCUAACAUCCCAUAAUAUGAGCCCGCUCGUCUCUAAUCAGUGGAAACCCUUCAGACGGCCUCGUGCAAUUGUCAAAGAGUGGCUUUUCAAGCUGAGGUUUUGUUUGGGAAAGGUGUGUGGGAUAGAGUGGUACGGAUACGCUGCUUUUGGCAUUUUGGCUGCCAUUCUCAGCUUUCUCCUGGACAUCAGUGUAACAAAGCUGCAGAGAGCUCACCAGUGGCUUUAUAUGCAGCUGGAGGGAAAUAUUCUGCUGCAGUUCUUCUGCUGGACUCUCUACCCAGCAUGCCUCUGUGCCGUUUCAUCAACGUUCUCCCAUAACAUCUGUCCCUUCUCCACAGGCUCAGGGAUACCAGAGGUGAGGACGAUGCUGGCUGGCUUUGAUAUGCCCCAUUACUUGUCUCUCACUAAUAUGUUUACCAAGUUCCUGGGUCUUAUCUGUACUCUGGCAGCCGGCAGCACAGUUUUUCUUGGCAAAGUGGGUCCAUUUGUGCAUCUUUCCACUAUGCUGGGAGCCUACGUGAACAGCCUGUGCUCGCUUAUACAAGACAGUAACAAGGAGAAAGAAGGCAGAGAAAUGUUGGUUGUAGGUGCUGCAGUGGGAGUAGCCAGCUGCUUUGGAGCACCAAUCAGUGGUGUGCUGUUCGCGGUGGAGGUGAUGUGUUCCCAUUUUGCCCUGAGACAUUACUGCCCAUGUUUCUUCUCAGCUGCUUGUGGAGCACUGACCUUCCGCCUGUUCUCAGUGUGGAGCGGAGACAGAGAGACUCUCCAGGCGUUAUUCAAAACUAAUUUCUCUACUGCUUUACCUUUCUACCCGCUGGAGAUACUGCUGUUUGCUUUCCUGGGGCUGCUGUGUGGGGCUGUGAGCUGCUGCUACCUCUUCUGCCAUCGUUGGAUCCUGCACUUCACCAAAACAAAGGCCGUUUUCAUCAAGAUGCUGGCGACAGAGAAGGGUCUAUACUCAGGCGUGGUGGCCUUCUUCUUGGCAUCAGUGACGUUUCCCCACUCUGCUGGCCAAUAUAUGGCAUCUAAGUACACAACAGCGCAGCUCCUCACUUCACUACUGGAUAGCCAGCAGUGGAGCUCUCAACCCUACAAUGCAUCUGUGCAACUGGAGCCUUUGUUGGAGUGGGGCUCAUCAGGGACUCCUGUCUGCCUCUCUUUGGCUUUCUUUCUGCUCAUGAAGAUGUGGAUGUUGGUUCUCGCCUGCACUCUGCCUCUGCCAGCUGGAUACUUCAUGCCAGUAUUUAUCUACGGUGCAGCUAUUGGGCGUUUGCUUGGAGAAGGAGUAGUUUAUGUAUCAUCCACUGGAGGGACUUCAGGCCAGCAGUGGGCUUCUGUAAAUCCUGGAGGCUAUGCACUUGCUGGUGCGGCAGCCUUCUCUGGAGCUGUGACGCAUACAUUGUCUCCAGCUCUCCUUGCUAUAGAGUUAACGGGCCAGUUCAGCCAUGCUGUGCCUAUCCUCCUAGCCACUCUUCUGGCUAAUGCCGUGGCACGCUCUGGGCACCGCCCGUCUUUCUACGACGCCCUGUCUAUCAGCAAAAGGCUCCCACACCUGCCCUCUCUGACUAAGGCAUGUCCUCAACUUCCCUCCACACCAGUCGGGCAGUUUUUGGGAGGGAAACUGGUGCAGCUUCAUACAGCAGCAGGGCCAGUGGAGGUCCAGCAUGCUCUUAACACCUGCACCCAAACACAAAUCCCUGUUGUGGACACACAUGAGUCGCAGAUUUUGCUGGGGUUUGUUCUGCGAUCGGAGCUACUGAUGUUUCUGAGUCACUACGAGACUGAGAGACUGGAAAAACGUCUUGAUGAAGUCUGUUGCAUUCAUCCUGCCUCUGUCCUGCUAUCACCUCAUAACACCGUUCAGGAGGCCCACAGCAUACUGAGCUUUGUCAGAGCCCAGACCCUUUUUGUUACAGACAGAGGAAGACUAGUUGGGAUCAUCACAUGGCCAGAGAUGAAGGGAAUACUUGAGGACCUGGCCAAAGAAAUCUAGCUGUACCAGUGGGAAAUAAACAGAUCCGAUGACCAUAUUCAAGCAAACAUACAAGUCUGAUUAACUUGAAACAAGGACCGUGACUAAUAGCUAUAACCCUUCUUCAUUCCCCAGGUGUCAACUGUUAUUAGCUGCAGACUCGCAUGAAAAACACUCAUCAGGAAAAUUGGCUGUUAUUGAAAUUAGCAAGAUUCUCAUCCACAGAGGAAAUUGCACUGUCUCAUUAACUGAUACUCAGUUUGUGACAUAGUGAAAUUAGAAUGUGUCUACCUAGGAUAAUAUCCAAUGGGCAAGUAGGAACACAAUUAAUCCCUGCUGGCGUGUUUUUCCUGCUGAACCCCACUCAGUCUGUAUCUGUUCACCAUCUAUUAGCAAAUGUCUUGUUUACCCAGUAUUUGAUAACCUCUGAGCCCAAGGAUGUUUGUGAUUACACUUCAAAAUAGUCCUUGUUUCCAUGCAUAAGUACACCUACAUAUAAGCAAGAUAAUCCUAUCUAAUUGUUGUUUAAUUAUACUGGUGUCUAGUAGUGAUGCAUUUGGUUAGCUAAACAUCUUCUACAUUUGAAUUUCGAAUAAUAUGAAUUAAGAUGAAGUUUGUCAUUUCCUGGAAAUCAAUAAAAAAAAUGUGGAUGAGUCAUCCUGCACCCAGA